UCUGUACAAGGCAUUAGACAUGAAUCAACCUCCUGUUUCCUGGCAAGUAUCUGUGCAAGCUAUUUUUUCUGCCCGAUCUUCCAUAAAGUAGGACAUGAAAAGAAUCAAGACCGUGCCACAUGUAAUAGUGAGGAGACCUAAAGAAUACAAAAUACUAUUAAUAAAAACAUGCAAGCAUUUUGUCCUUCAAAUGUUAAUUUCAUAUUAAGGAGAGCAAAGUAGACAAUCAAAAACUAUAACUUGAUGCCCCCUUUAUUUACUGUUCAUCCAGAAUCUCAGUUUUAUUAGAACACAUACAGCACAGCACAGAAUACACAACCAUUGUCCACUAAGCAUAUACCAGGGGGGCAAGCCUAACCUAACUCCCUGCAUAUUCAGGUCAAGGCAAUUACUCACAGGUGUCAAAAGCUCCACGUAGAGAUGCCCCACUUGACCACAUAUGGACUAGUCUACUAAUUUAUUGCCUCCCACCUUAACAAAAUGAAAGUAAAUAGGUCUAGUUUAUGCUUAACAUGGGACCAUGUUCACAUCCUUUGCACAUUAUGCUGUCCUAAGUGGAUCCCUACUUGUUUUCUAUGCUUGUUUAUGUGUGCCAUAACUAGUUUCUAUGCCUUACCAACCUGUAACACUUAUUUAUGUACGACUUGGUACAAGAUUUAUUUUGGAAUAUUGUAUUUUUGAAAACCCAAUAACAUUUUUAUGGUUUUUAGGCUUCCAUCAGUUCAUGAAAGUCGUGGCAUGGAAGCCCACAUGCAGUAAAACAGAAUUGUGUAAUUGUCAAUUAACAGUAAGGAAGGCUAAAAGGAAACCAAAAGCACUCAAAUACAUCAUGACAUGUUCUGCUAACCCCAAAUCAUUUGAUGGAAGUAAUGACAUGAACAUUUCUUGUAUGCACAUGUUUAGAAUUUGUAAAUUACUGAGUUCAUGAUGACUUCUUUCCAAAUUUAGUAGGCAAUUUUCUUAGCUCAAUGUAUCUAACAAAUCAGACAAUGCUGACCUAUUUUAUCAUUAAGGGAUUUUCUGAGGCUUCGAGCCUUCAAGUUCCAAUCUUCCUCUUGGUUCUUCUGAUUUAUCUGGUCACUCUUGUUGGAAAUGCAACCAUUCUCACUCUCGUCUGUGUAAAUCCUCAUCUCCAAACCCCAAUGUACUUCUUUUUAUGUAACUUGUCCAUUUUGGACAUUUCCUCCAGCACAGUCACCUUACACAAGAUCCUCUUUAGCUUUCUAUCAGGAGAUAACACAGUUUCUGUAAAAGCUUGUAUGACUCAGAUGUUCAUAUUCACAUCUCUAGUAUGUAACGAGCUCUUAAUACUGACAGCCAUGAGUUAUGAUCGUUAUGUUGCUGUCUGUAACCCCUUGCGUUACACGGCGGUUAUGAGCCGUAGAGUUUGUGGUAUUUUGUCUUGUAUGAGCUGGGUGCUGGGUUUCUUAGAAUCUUUGCCUCAUGUUAUAUUAAUAUCAAGGUUUACUUGUUACAAAUCAAUGGAAAUAAAUCACUUCUUCUGUGAUAUUGUCCCUCUUAUAAAACUUUCUUGCAGUGACACUUCACUCUCAGACUUUUUGAUUUUUAUCUGUGGGCUUUUUCUGGCCACUUUUCCGUUUAUUCUUACCUUCAUCCCUUAUGUCUUCAUUAUCCACACUAUACAGAACAUGCGCUCUCAGAUCGGAAAACGUAAAGCUUUUUACACAUGCUCAUCACACCUUACUGUGGUGAUUCUGCUUUAUGUGACCCUUGUCUGUCAAUACUUAAGACCAGUUUCAAUGGACACUAUGGAGUCCAACAAAGUUUUCUCACUUUUUAACACCGCUGCUGUCCCCUUGCUGAACCCACUGAUCUACAGCUUAAAAAAUAAGGAUGUUAAAUCUGCACUCAAGCGUCGUUGGUUUUGGACAACUAAGUAAUAUCUUACAAAGAUGUGAAUAUAUAGCCAACAUUGAUUAACAACAUAUUUUUUGUAUUUAAACGCAUAUAUCAGGCACCCUGGAGCACGGGACAGGGUCACUACUGC